AUGGAUCACCCACGGUGGGCAGCCAGUUCCAUAGGUAUGUUCUCAGUAUCUUCUUUGAUUUGGAAUAAUGUUCUUCCUCCCAAAAUGCAAUUCUUCGGUUGGCUCAUGUGGAAGCAUAAGAUUAAAACUUCAGUGUUUCUACAAAAGAUUGGGGUUCUUACGGGUGGUGUGUCCACCUUGUGUUACUUCUGUAAAGAGGAGGAGGAAUCAGUGCGUCAUGUGCUGCUACAUUGCCCCUUUGUGUGGAAUGUUUGGUCUUCCUUAUUAAAGUGGUGGGGGUUGCAAUGGGUCAUUCCAGAUUCAGUUGCUGGCCUACUGAGUUGGUGGGAGAGUGGUAAGCUAAAGAAGCGAGAAAGGAAGAUUUGGAAGAUUGUCCCUGUUGCCUUGUGGUCUAUAUGGAAGUUAAGAAAUGAUUGUCUUCAAAGAGGCUAA